AUGGGGGCGGGACUCUCCUGUCAGUGUUUUGAUUCCGUAAAGAAUGACGAGGCAGAAUUCGUACCAGGAAUACAACAAGACACUAAUGCAUCCGCAGGCUCGGCGAAGACAAUAGUGUUAAGUGGAGGAGUUCAAUAUACAGGAGAAUUAAAGAAUGGACAAAAACACGGAUAUGGUGUAUUAAUUCGUCCCUGUGGAUCUAAAUUCUCUGGUUAUUUUAAGGAUGGAGUAGCAGAAGGAGAGGGAACUUUUAUUCAUCCUCUAGGGAAUAAAUAUGAAGGACAAUGGAAGAAUAAUAAGGCCCAUGGUAGAGGGAGGUUUACGCAUGCAGAUGGAUCUUAUUAUGAUGGCCAAUGGGUAUGCGAUGUACAAGAGGGUUACGGGCGUGAGCAUUGGGCAGACGGCAGCAGCUACGAAGGAGAAUACAAGAAAGGAGUAAAAGAAGGAAAAGGAACUUUUUGUUGGCAAGACGGGCAAUGGGUACAGAAUCAUAUGGAGGGACAAGGGAAGAUGCUUCUUCCUGAUGGUCGUGUUUAUGAGGGUGGAUAUAAAGCAGAUAAAAAACAUGGUCAUGGUAAGGUGACAUGGCCAGACGGCCGCUGGUUCGAAGGGGAAUGGGUAGACGGCAAACAGCACGGCUUAGGUCGUUAUUAUUCAAUGGAUGGCAAAGCUGUCUCCGAGGCAGAGUGGAGAUUUGGUAGAAAAAUAUCUGUUACUGAAGCUCCUGUAAAUACUCUUCCUCCCUCUACUGCCUUAGAAUCUCUACAGACAGCAGACGAAGAAAAAAAAGAAUUAUUUGCUUCUUCUGUGCCUACCAACAAGGAAGACAGCAGCAGCAAUGCAGCUUCUGCUGCACAGAAGCAGCAGCAGCAGCAGAAACAGCAGCAGCAGCAGCAGCAGCAGCAGCAGCAGCAGCUAGAUAAACAAACAUCAAAGAAAGGGGGAGGAAAUCAUACGCGAUGGAGAAGAGAGAAAUCAAAGAAAAAAGAAAAAGGAGAAGAGAGCCAAGAGGCACCUUCCCCUGCUGCUGCUGCUACUGCUCCUGCUCCUGCUGCAGGAAAAAAAGGAGCAGCAGCAGCAGCAGCAGCAGCAGCAAAUGAUGCAGACGCACCAACAGCAGCAAAGAAGAAAAAAGGGUUCUCUUUAUUUGGCAAGAAAGAAUCUAAACCCUAA